GUUCUGGCGGGUCAGUGUACUCAAUCCUCCUCCUCCGAUCAACGAUUGCAAUUGAAGGUUUUGUUUGAACGAUAUCAAUGGUUUCCCGGAGAGAUUAUCGGAGCAUGAGAUCUUGUAGCGGAUGGCGUCGGUUUCUCUUACUUAUUCCUGUGCUCUUUGUUCUUCCUCAUCUCUUGUCACUUGUUGAUUUUUCUUCCGAUUCGGUGAGGAAAGAUGCUCAAGCCGUUCAUAGUAAGAAAUUAGACCACCUUGUGCUCGGUCCUGUAGCUGGGCAAGGCUUGCCGGAUCGAUUGCAUUGCCGAGGCACGAAGGCUCUGAACAAGACUCACACUACAACUUCUUCUGUGUCUGGUGCUGGAAAUUGUGUUUCUUUUGUCACUGUGUUUACUAUUUAUAAUACUUCGAUCGAUAGUGUGAAAUCCUCCAAUAUGGUUUCUGUUGUCGGGAAUGUUACCUACAGCAAGCCAGAGAGGUCAAUGGCAGUUCUAAAUGCAUUUGCCAACUUCAUUCAGGUGACUAUGCCUAAGAGCAACGUUGUCAUAUUGACUGAUCCAGCUUCUGAUCUCUCCAUCCAUCAAAGCAAUGUGGUGGUACAGCCUGUUCGGGGUGAUUAUUCACGGGGUAACCUGAUGCUUCAAAGAAUCAGGUCUUACAUUGCCUUUCUUGAAAAACAGCUUGAGAAGAGUGAGGGUGAGAGAAACCACUAUAUCUUCACUGAUUCUGAUAUGGCUGUGGUUGAUGACAUCGGGACUAUAUUUGAAAAGCAUCCAAGCUUCCAUUUAGCACUCACCUUCAGGAACAAUAAAGAUCAGCCGCUGAAUUCAGGAUUUAUAGCAGUGAGAGGCACACGUGAAGGGAUCCUAAGGGCUAAAGUAUUUCUAGAAGAAGUCCUAAAAGCUUACAAAACCAAAUACAUGAAAGCUUCGCGCAUGCUUGGUGAUCAAUUGGCUCUGGUAUGGGUUGUCAAAUCUCAUCCUUCCUUUGACGCAAAGAGAUUUACAAAGCCACAAGCAUUCACACAAGAAAUAGCUGGAGCUUCAGUGCUGUUUUUACCAUGUGCUCUAUACAACUGGACACCUCCUGAAGGUGCUGGUCAGUUUCAUGGCAUGCCAUUAGAUGUCAAGAUCGUUCACUUCAAAGGAUCAAGAAAACGUUUAAUGCUGGAGGCCUGGAACUUCUACAAAUCUACUUCAAACAUUCCAGAUAUGUUAUGUCUUGUUCUAGGUAGUGGAAGAACUAAAUACGAUUUCUAAGCAAACAGUUGACGAUGAAAUAGACUCUAUAUGUUUGUUGUGUUGAAUCUCUUUUAUUUGAUCAAAUUUAAAUCCACUA